AUUCCAUAUUUAUGGAGAGCCCAUGCGCUCGCGAAGCUUUGGCGCGUCUUAACACUUUUCCUCGAUGGGCGAAGAAAAUUAUCUCCUAAAGUUUCCAGCCUUCAGGUCGGAGGAAUGGUUGCAGGAGAACAGGCUGAUGCCAUCGGUCCCGCAAUGUUUGACAAACGUCUUGCUGGAACCGCAAAGCCUGAUGAAGUAUACUCACGUACGUGCCUACCAGCUCAAGGCUAACUCCGUCAGGACCGAGAUGCGCAACUCGCUAUUCAGACAGGCUCUAUUCAAGAUCCAAAACAUUGAGGUUUUAUCGCUUGGAGAGUGCAAGAAUGACCGUCUGUUGAAGGAGAUUAUCAAGGUGGAGCGACCGUGGAGGACAUUUUCCUUCGUCAGUAACUAUACGGGACGUCCUCUGAUUACUGAAGAAAUUUGGAAAGUCGACAGAUGCGGAAAAGAGCAAACCUACAGGGUAAGUUGGCACGACGCUUCACCAGGAUUAUGCUCUCACCUCCAGGUUCGAUUCCACAAGGAAGGUGUCGAUGGCUUCUACUGCAAAGUUUACGUCACUUGUUUCUCAAAUGCGAUCAAGUACAUCAGAUAUCACCUCUCCCUUUAG